CACAAAGCAGAGACAGACAAGUGUCUAGUUGAAAAUUCGAAAAAAACAUUUGGGACAUAUUCCUCUGAUCUUCACCAUGGCAACACCCAUAGGUCAAACCGCUUUCCGUCCUAAAGCACAGACACUCUCAGUUUACAAACAGAUGGAAGAGGACAAUGCCAGGCUGAUUCUAAAGUACAAAAAAGACCUGGAGACAUACAACAAGCAGCUAAAACAACAACUACAGGAAUGUAAGGUGGCCCUCCAGCAAGGUUCUCACCUGGAAAUCUACGACACAGAGUGUGAAAUACAUCCGUCAAUACAUCUCCCAGUGAAUCCUGUCCUGGGUACGGCCAGCUUCACACCUAACACAACUCCACAACAUCAUCUACAACUGGCCUUAGGGACAGUUACCACCUCAGGUCAAACAUCAGCUGACCAGGAUCGGUCAGUCUUAGCAUCAGGUGACCAGGAACAAUCCUCUAAACAACAACAAACAGGAGUAAAAGGGAAGAAAGCAGUGAUAAUUAAAACACUACUGUCAGAGACCAAAGUGGUGAAGGAGUGGAAGUCUCCAUGUGACAUUGUGUCUAUAUGUCCCACCACUGAUGGUCAGGUGUGGACCAGGGAUUACAGUGAUACAUUAACUCUCCUUAACAGGGAAGGUAAAGUAGUACAGAAGGUCAAACACACGGCUGACAUCAGAGACAUCAGUCUAUCACCCACAACACACACACUGUGGGUCUGUGACUGGGACAACAACAUCAUGGAGCUGGUAUCAGGACGACUUACAAACAAAUUCAGAACCAAGGAGGAACCCCAGUGUAUAUGUGUUACAGCCAGUAACCAUAUCAUUGUGGGGAUGAAGAAACACAUCUGUAAAUUUACUACACAAGGUCAAAUGGUACUCACUACAAUGGCUGUAGGGACUGGGAAACCAUUAGUGUAUACACCAUGGAGGAUGUCAGAGUGUCCAGUAACUCACAAUGUCACAGUGAUUGAUAUCAACGAUGUGAGUGACGGUGGUGAUGGAAACAGACGUGUUGUUGUCAUGGAUAGUGACUUCCAGGAAGUGUUUGUAUAUAGAGGUGACAUCCCCAGUACAUAUAAACAAACACCACAAACAGGACGUGUAAGAUUUAACCCCUGGGGUGUGGUGUAUGACAGUGUGGGGAACCUCAUCAUAGGGGACUGGUACAACUGUAGGGUCCUACUCCUCAGUGGAGGUGGUGAGUUCCUCAGGAUCAUAUACACAGACAGAGAGAGGACAAGGGCUGUAGGUAUAGACAGGGACGAUGUUCUGUGGGUAGUGUUUGGGGGUAACAAUGUAAAACUACUACAGUACAGUGUGUGACAGUACUACUACAGUACAGUGUGUGACAGUACUACUACAGUACAGUGUGUGACAGUACUACUACAGUACAGUGUGUGACAGUACUACUACAGUACAGUGUGUUACAGUACUACUACAGUACAGUGUGUGACAGUAUACUACAGUACAGUGUGUGACAGCAGUACAGUGUGUGACAGUACUACUACAGUACAGUGUGUUACAGUACUACUACAGUACAGUGUGUGACAGUACUACUACAGUACAGUGUGUGACAGUACUACUACAGUACAGUGUGUGACAGUACUACUACAGUACAGUGUGUGACAGUACUACUACAGUACAGUGUGUGACAGUACUACUACAGUACAGUGUGUAACAGAUAUAUGUUACUCUGGUUAGUAACCAUGGUAACUAACAUUGUAAUUAACAUUUACAUAUCACAACAACAAUACCAUUUAAAUGAAUGAUGUUCAUUAGCAAAAUUCAAAAUAUAUAAGUGUCAAAAUUCACUGUUUUGGACAAAAACUUUUUAGCAAUUCACUAAUAAUUUAUCCUGUUAAUGAUCUUGAUUAGACAGAACUUAGAACAUCACAAUGUCUAUCUUCAGGUCCUCAGUAGAAUACCA